AUUGAAAUUACAUCGAUGGCAACACUGUUUGGCAACUUUGGCGUCUGGGCCCUCAGGGGUGGGGCCUCUGAGCUAGCCUUCAGUUGGCAACACUUUGGUCACGUAUCAUAUAGUGCGUCGUUUGCUAAAGUCGGAGUCAUGGGACUUGGUUGCGGAUACACAACCCCAUUUGAGGAGAAUGAAGACCCUGAUCCUGCAGAAGAGAGUGAAAACCCUGAUCCUGUAGAAGAGAAUGACUCAAAUGACAAUGAUGACUUGAGCUUGGGUGCGGACACCUCAGCUCAAGGAACCGGUGUCAGUGGGGAGUCACCAGAGGAAGCCUAUGAAUCUGAUGACCCGGAAAUCCACUGUGAAUAUGACAAUGUCAGGACAAGAGAGGAUCAUGAAAUGGAGGUUGAGGAGAUCCUUAAUCUGCCAAGGAUUCCUGUGGUGAGUGGGGAGUCACCAAAGGAAGCCUAUGAAUCUGAUGACCCGGAAAUCCACUGUGAAUAUGACAAUGUCAGGACAAGAGAGGAUCAUGAAAUGGAGGUUGAGGAGAUCCUUAAUCUGCCAAGGAUUCCUGUGGUGAGUGGGGAGUCACCAAAGGAAGCCUAUGAAUCUGAUGACCCGGAAAUCCACUGUGAAUAUGACAAUGUCAGGACAAGAGAGGAUCAUGAAAUGGAGGUUGAGGAGAUCCUUAAUCUGCUAAGGAUUCCUGUGGUGAGGGAGCAUCGCUUUUCACAGGAAAGCCUGGGUGAAGAAAUUGUGCCCGUAGUUGUCCUUCCUGGUUCUCCACAGGAAAACCUGGGUGAAGAAAGGAUGGUUCAAUGGAUUGAGGAAAAUCCCAUGCAAAAUGAGGCUCAGUCACCAGAAGACAUCACUGAAGCUGACAUGGUGGACCUCCUUGCCUUGAUAUUGGACCCAGAACUCUGAAAAAUAUACAUGAACACCCACACUGUUCCCAGGAAGAGAUGAAGACCAAGAGAAGAAACAGCAUUAAUAGAGACUGAAUGUGAAAAGGACCUGGGUGAUUAUGUUGACAACGAAUUGAAGUUCUUGGGCCUUUAUGAGAAAAAGUGAAUCAAGCAACUAAGUCUUAUAAGAAAGUCGUUCAGAUAUCUAUAUGGUCCAUCCCUCGGAACAAUUUUCGAGAGUGAGGGGUUCCUCUGUCAGUUGAUUGAAAAUGUCCAAAGGAGGGCCACCAGAUUAGUGCCUGAUCUAUGACACCUCAGUUACCCAGAGAUUUUAGAAUGCCUGCAGUUGCCUAUCUUAUAAUGUGUAGGCAUGGCAAGGGGUGACUUAAAUGAAGUUUAUAAACAUCUCAGAAGGUACCACAUGUACUGUAUAGCUUGGUUUUCUUCAUAUUCAGUAAAUAAUUUUUAUUGCUAAUUUUUUGGGUGUGAGAGAACAUUGAGGUUGAAUUUGAUGUUAAUUAGUCUUCAUGUUUGUCAUGCUGUUUGGUGAACAUAUUGUACAGUGCUGAGAGAUGUGGUAGGUGAGUGACCAGCCAUGGGGGUUGGGUAACUAUGGGGGAGGCACCCUAGCAACCACGGCUUGCCUGCCUCGUCAACCUCUCCUAUCCACCCCUCCCCACGCCCCAUCCUGCACUGCUGUGCCCCGCCCUGCUGCACCCCGCUCUGCCCCAAUCUCAAGUGCCCGCCUCACACCCACCCUCCUCCCGGGCAGAGUCACACCCUGCUUACCCUCCACCAUCCCCACCCGCUCUUCUCUGCCCCCUGCCAAAUGCCUCUUUACCUUGCCACCCACACCCUGCCUCCUCACCCUGUCCUCCCCCGCCCGUCUUUCUGUUCGUAUUUAGUUAUUAGAACUUAGUGUAGUUGACAUAUAGAGAUGGAUUUCUGUAAAGACCUUCCCUAGUGACCUGUCCACUGCUAUUACACCAUAGCAUGUACUGUAUUUGAAAGUAAUGACAUGUCCCAUGACAUAACCACCUAUAGCUUUCUCCCUCGCUAUCCUGCACGGGUUACUUUUGGAUUAACGAGAUAGACACUAUACUGUACUGCAUAAUAUGAAGGCAUUUAGAGAAGUAAUAAUGUUAAAGUAAAUGAUAUUCACUUCUAGACAUUCAGAUAAGUAAAUAAAAAUAAAGAAUUAAAAGGACAAUAAAUGAGUAAUUUGUUACGUAAAAUGUUAUAUUAAAUUUGGUGUACAUAAAAUGUUACAUCCUCUUAGAUAUAUGAAAAUUUGCUUAUACGAAUUCCUCCGUAAUUCCCAUAUUAUUUAGGAUCACAUUGUGCUGGGUUAAUAAAACAUUAUUGUAAAAUAAUAAAUUUUCCCAAAAGAAAA